CACGUGCGUUCGUGUGUAGGCUAUGUGCGCGUUCUUGUGUGCGUGCGUGUGUGUGCAUGGGCACCCAGAGAGCCUGAUUUAUGUGGGGUGUGAAAUGUGUGUGUGUGUGGAGAGAGAGAGAGACUACUUUGCUUGUUGCUUUAGGCGUCAUGGGCACGAGUAGUCUUUUUGCACUGAAAUAAAAGUCAGAUGAAGGAAACUUUUCCCACGAACUUCGGCAUUAAUCAGCAUGAAGAUCUGAGGGACUAAGUUUGAGUUAAACCAGUUCGUCUCACCCACCAAACGAAUUUAAACAAACGACGCCCAGGUUAUAGAAACGGUCGCUGAAGACACGGCAGUCGUGCAGGUCGCGCUGGGAUCAUGUUUGGUCGAAGCAAGAAAUCCAGCACCCCGCAAACCGACGUCAAAGCGGGAGCCUCGAGGAUGUUGGAACCUCUCCGACGGUUGGGUGUUCUUGAUGAUGAAGAUGUGUGUGUGAUGCAGAAAGGCUCCACGUUAGUGAAGGUGCGCUCUCAUGCCUGGCAGAAGGCGGGCUUCGGGCCGCUGGAGGAUGGAGGACCAUCUGGUCUUGAAGCCUAACAAAGAGCUCACGCCAAGGCCAAGAAGCGACAGACCCUCUGCGUGACGGAGGUGGAGUGUGUGCGGGAGGGCUGCCAGUCGGAGUGCCUGCGUUCUCUGUCCGGUUCCGUGUCGGAGGGUCAGUGCUUCACGCUGGUGUUCCGAGGUCCGAGGAAGAGUCUGGACCUGUGCUGCUCUAGUGGCCAAGAGGCCCAGCACUGGGUCCGCGGCAUCCGCACGCUCAAGGAGCGGCUGGCCAAAAUGACCCAGAAGGACAAGCUCGACCACUGGAUCCAUAAUUACCUGCGGAGGGCCGACCUGAAUCAGGACGGAAAGAUGACGUACGACGAGGUGCAGCACCUGCUCCAGAUGAUCAACAUCGACCUCAACGAGCAGUACGCACGCUCACUCUUCAAGAAGUGUGACCGCUCGUCUAAGGGGCGCUUGGACCCAGGGGAGAUCGAGGAGUUCUGUCGGGAGCUGCUGCGGAGGCCUGAGUUGGACGCAGUGUUCCGUCGUUACUCUAGCAACGGCUACGCGCUGACCACCGCCGAACUGCGCGACUUCCUGGGAGACCAGGGGGAGGACGCAUCGCUUGGCCACGCCCACCAGCUCAUACGCACCUUCGAGUUCAACGACUGGGCCCAGCAGCACCUCCUGAUGAGCCAGAAUGGCUUCACUAUGUACAUGCUGUCCCUGGAGAACGACGUGUUGAAGCAGGAGCACGGCCGCGUGUUCCAGAACAUGAACCAGCCCCUCCCCCACUACUACAUUAGCUCCUCCCACAACACCUACCUCACCAAGGACCAGGUCACCAGCGCCAGCAGCACAGAACCUUAUAUCAGAGCUCUUAACCAGGGCUGCAGGUGUGUGGAGCUGGACUGCUGGGAUGGGGAUAAGGGGGAGCCGAUGAUCUUCCACGGACACACACUUACUUCCAAAGUCCCCUUCAAGGAGGUCAUCAAGACCAUCGCCCAGUAUGCCUUCAAGGCGUCCCCCUACCCACUGAUUCUCUCUUUGGAGGUCCACUGCUCCCUGGAGCAGCAAGCCGUCAUGGCCCGACACCUGCGCUCCAUCCUGGGCAGACGACUGCUCACCAGGCCCCUGGGUGACCAAGACCUCCACAGCCUGCCAUCUCCUGAGGACCUAAAGGGGCGGAUCCUAGUGAAGGGGAAGAAGAUGAUUGGCCAGAUGGGCAAGACUGGCAGCUGUGCCAGCUUCUCCUCCAGCUCCGACGAUGAGGCUGGGGCCGCGACUAAGACCACCAAGGUCAGUCCGGAGCUCUCAGAUCUGGUGGUGUACUGCUGCAGUGUUCCGUUUCGGGGGUUUGAGGAGGCGGCCCAGCGCUCCCCAUCCGAGAUGUCGUCUUUCUCAGAGAAUGAUGCCCUCAAACUCAUCAAGGACUCAGGUAAGCAGUUUGUGCGUCUGAACAGUCGGCAGCUCAGCAGAAUCUACCCUUCUGGCCAGCGUCUGCAGUCUUCCAACUACGACCCCCAGGGCAUGUGGAACGGAGGAUGCCAAAUGGUGGCUCUGAACUUCCAGACGCCGGGCGAGCAGAUGGAUCUGAACCAGGGCCGUUUCCUGACCAACGGUCGCUGUGGUUACAUGCUGAAGCCGCACUUCCUGUGUCAGAGCGACUCUAACUUCAACCCUGAGAACACAGGGGGAGGACCUGGACACACACCUACGCAGCUCACUAUACGGGUGAUCUCGGCGCAGCAGCUGCCAAAGGUGAACACCGAUCGACCGAACUCCAUCGUGGACCCUCAGGUGUGGGUAGAGAUCCACGGGGUGGCCAUCGACUCCGCCCGCGAGAAAACACACCGCGUGGACAACAACGGUUUUAACCCACGCUGGGACUGCACACUCUCCUUCCAGCUUCAGGUUCCAGAGCUGGCACUCGUGCGCUUUGUGGUUGAGGAUCACGAUCACACAGCCAAGAAUGAUUUUGUGGGACAAUUCACCCUGCCCUUCACCAGCCUUAGCACAGGUUACCGGCAUGUGCAUCUCUUGCGGGCGGAUGGCGUUAGCCUUUCCCCGGCCUCCCUGUUUGUCCACAUCAAGGUCACACGCCAGGGGAUUCCUGUCCGUACUGUGGCUGAGCGCAUGGGCAAGGCCUGAGGUUCCUGCCGGAGUGCACGAUUGGUUUGUUCCUCACAGGGCGAAGUGGAGGAGAGCUCCCAUUGGCUGGAGUCCUGUUGAGCUGAGAUGAUGAGGUUUUGCAAGAGCCAAUGAGAAGGGCUGUAGUUGUAGGAUGGAGCCAUCCUGUGGUGGCAUCCUAGGGAACUGUGUAGUGAAGCAGUCACCAUGGCUACUUGUAGGAUGGAGCCAUCCUGUGUUGGCAUCCUAGGGAACUGUGUAGUGAAGCAGUCACCAUGGCUACUUAAACACAAGGAGCUUCAUUGAACCGAUUUAAAAUGACAUCCAGUGGCGUUGCUAUGGAAGCAUCUGCAAGAUGCUAAGAAAUUCUACAUCUCUUCACAGUGGUGACUUUGUGCUUCACUUCUGAAGGCCAAUUUACCAUCCAGGUGAGGAGUGUCGCUCGAUAGAAUAUGAAAAUAUAGCAUUUCUGUCUGAUGGGGUGUCAUGGAGCUUGACGUGAAAAAAAUGUGAAAUGGUAAGUCGUCGCGUACUCUGAUUGGAUAUCAACUCAAAGUUCGUCACGGAUGUGAAAUGGUAAGAUGUCGCAUACUCUGGAUAUCAACUCAAAGUUCUACUGGAGUUUGUCACGGAGGUCACAGAGUGUCGGCAACAAUUCGUUUUUGUCGAGCAACACUUGUCGCUUGGAUUAUAAAUUGGCCUUUCGGUUUCAUCUUUUAGCAUUUAGUAUUGGUUUUAUGUUCUAACAUUAACAGUUUUUUUUUACAUAAGUUGUAGUGCUGAUAUUGAUUGAUCCUGGUGAGCACUCGUGUCUGUUUGUGGACAGGCUCAUUAAGAAGCCAUCCACUCAGACUGAGGGCUGUUAGCCUGGUUAUGGUCGUAUGGAUAUUCCCAGGCUAGAGGGCUGUUAGCCUGGUUAUGGUCGUAUGGAUAUUUCCAGGCUAGAGGGCUGUUAGCCUGGUUAUGGUCGUAUGGAUAUUCCCAGGCUAGAGGGCUGUUGGCCUGGUUAUGGUCGUAUGGAUAUUCCCAGGCUAGAGGGCUGUGCAAGUUAGCGUGAGGGUGACUGAAUGUUUCUCUGUUCUAAUGAGGGUUUUUGCAAGAAACCUUGACAUUGACAUGAAGGAUUUCAUAUAAACAGUAUUGUCAUAUGAUGUUUACUUUGAGGAAUGAGAAGAAUAUGUCCUCCAUCACAACGGUCUAAAACGUAUGGUCUCUGGUAAUGUGAAGAUGGCUGAACUCUGACUGAACACACACAUGAUGUGCUUGCAUGCUGCUCAUCCUGUUUUCAAUAGCCUUGAUAUUGGCUCUUUCAAUAGCCUUGACAUAAGUAUAUGUAUACUCUUUUGAUCCUGUGAGGGAAAUUUGGUCUCUGCAUUUAUCCAACCCCCUGCUGCUCUCGGUUUACAUGUCUGUAAACCCUAAUCUGAAGAGUAUCCAUCCGUUUACAUGUCUGUGAACCCUAAUUUGUAGAGUAUCCAUAUGUUAACAUGUCUGUGAACGCUAAUCUGUAGAGUAUCCAUCUGUUUACAUGUCUGUCAACCCUAAUCUAGAUUAUCCAUAUGUGAACCCUAAUCUGUAGAGUAUCCAUAUGUGAACCCUAACUUGUAGAGUAUCCAUCUUUUCUGUUUAUUUUGUCAUGUUUGCAAUAAAUUAUGUAUGCAGCUCA